AAUACUUUUUUUUCUUGAAACAAUAUUUCAUUUUUUCCAUCAGGUGUUCACCUCUGUCUCUAUACCAUCAUUUUUACGCCGGUGUGUCCGGUUGUCGUAAUAUUGUUCCGUUAUCUUCUUGGCCUAAACCACUAUCAGACCAUCCACCUAUUAGACGUAUCGCUACAGCAUUACAGUACUUCGUAGCCUAACAAACAACACCUAAUCCUUCUAUCGCUCCAAUAGUUUCGAUAUCGUCUAAUCCACUACCACAUGCGAUUCCGCACAGCCGUUGCUACGCUACCGUAUCGGAUAUUCUGGCUUUAGAGAUUACGAAGUAAACAAACCCCGCCAACCAGUAACAACAGCAACAUCAUAUCUACCUAGUAUCUACCAAUAGUUACAAAAACAAGAGGACCAAAAGCCAACGGGUAAAAGGCAACGAUGGCAACGGCAAUGCCAGCUCGACCACCAUCUCCCUCACCCUCUCAAGUCCCUCUCCCCGCCUCUCCAACAUAUUCCUACGCUUCCACCGCCAACCCUCUAUCAUCGUAUAACCUACCACUUCCCCCUCCACCACGCCCCGUCCACGCCGUCCUCACCAAAUCCGACCUCGAGCAAUCACAACAAGCGUACUCCGACCUCCUCGCCACCGCCAAAUCCUACCGAAUCGCACUAUCGACCCUCUCAACCGCAGCAUCCGCCUUCGGCUCCGCCCUCGAGUCCUGCGCGCGUCUAAAAGAAUCCCGAGCCGACGCCCUCGGGCCCCCCGGGGGCGCCAGCCUCACGAACAGCUUCACAGCCAAGAACACAUGCACCGCAGACCUGCUCCUCAGCGCGAGCGGGGUGCACCACCUCGUAGCGAACCACCAGCAGAUCCUCUCCGAAACCGUGUACCGCUCGUUCGAAGUACCGUUGCUCCACGAGCUAGACCGAUGGCGACGAGCGAUCGAAGACGAAGACGAGACGUAUAAGCGGGAAGCAGCGACGCGGUCGCGGGAGAUCAGGCGACUGGAGAAGGAAGGGCUGAAGCUGCAUAGGCAGAGCCGACGCCGCGACGUCGCCAAGUUCCGCGAGCACCUCGUCGCGCUGACCGGCAAACUCGACGGGCUAACCGCGCUCCACGCCGAUCACGCGCGCAGCUUGCUCCGCGACUCCCAAGAGACCAGUGCGCGGAUCCUAGACGCGAGUUGCUCGCUCGUGCGCGCCGAGGUAGAUAUAUUCGAAGGGCUAGCGAGGAAAGGGUGGACAGGCGGCGGCCUAGACGAUCUCCUAGAAAAGGGGCAGGACCUAUUCGCGAGCGAGGACGACGUGCCCGCCGCGGUGGUAGUGCCCGGGGCAGGCGGUGUAGGGGGCGCGGGAGACGGCGGGGCGAAGCUGUUUAGUAUACUGCCUCCCAAGAGCAUCCUCGCCAACGACUCGACAUCGGACUCCGUGCUCACGGCGCCGAGCCACGGCCGCGCGGACAGUUUGCUCGUCGAUUCCGACGACGUGCAGUACCAGAGCCUGACGGGGGCCGUGGACCAGAAGGAUCGCGGGAGGGACGCGGAUUCUCAGAGUUUAUUCUCCGAAUCGAAUGUUAGUCAGAACCGCGGCGUGCGUCCGUUUAGUCCGCAGCCCAUACGGAGGCGCGGGAUGGAUGUCGUGAUGGAUCCUGAGUCCCUGCUCGUUGGCGAAGAAGGACUUAGGACGGAUGACGAUAAUGACGACGAUGAUGAUUCGUACGAUGCUGCUACGGUUAGGGGCGUGCGGGAUACGUCGGCCCAGCGAACGGGGCUGGGUGGGUUGAGGAUAGGUGCGGAUGAGAAUGAUAUCGAGGAGCCUGAGUCCCCGUGGAAAGACGAGGGGUUGAGGCGGAAACAGGAAAGUACGAGUAGCAGUGAUAGCGGCAAGGAGCCGCCGUUACCGCCGAGUGCUAAGGAUGAGGUGGAUAAUAGAUAGAUAGUUGGAGCUUGGUUGUGAAGCGAGUAUACUUAGUUAACCUAUCUCGGUACCUACUACUAUUGGUACUGGUACAGGACACAGGACACAGGGGAGAGGAAAGCCGGUCACAUUAAGGAUGAUACAUGGGAAACCGGAUCGGUGUAAGUUGGUGGUCAUGAUUGAUGGCGUGAACGUAUUUGUGGAAGUAUCGAUUAGCCCAGUAAUUGUUACGCUAGACGAACGAUGGAUGAACAGAGAACAAACAUGUCAACAGCACUUCCAGUUUCAUAACUCGCUUCUUUAGUCCCGUGGUAUACACGCUUAUAUGUGGCAUGUGGGCAUGGCAUUAGAGGUAACCGAAUUACAGGAUGGGAAGAUAGUACAAAUCAUUAAGCGAUCAGGAAUUUUAUAUACAAC